AUGGCCGACGCAGACAUUCUCCAGACCCGUAAAGCACACACCACCCACAACAACCACCCGGAUGACGGAUCGACCUCAGUCCCCAUCGUCGAAUCUAACUCGGGUGCCGAUCAAUACCCGAACCCAUUCCAGCAACACGUCGGACAAGCACAUGGACGUAAUCAGCAGCAGCAGCAACAACACUAUAAUGUUAUGAUCCCAACAGUUGAUCACUGGCCUGCAAUCUUCCUCGACGGCCUCAAGACCUCGGCCCAAUUUGCAGUCCUCGGUCUGAAGCAGGCUCACACCAAAUGGCAGGAAUAUCAAUCCUCUCGCGGCGGGUCAUACCAGGUCCUCCCCACCACCACCAUUGACUCCCUUUCCCAACAACAAAACACUCCGACACGACAGAUGUUCACGUUCGGAAGCAAGAGACAACAAAAAGGCGGACACCAAUUCUCGGUCUCAGGACGUCGCCUCACCCGACUUCUCUUCCUGCUCGUCCUCGCUGUCACAGCCAUCCUCCUCCUGGUCCUCCCUCACCGACUGAACCCCUUGGAAGACCGUGCGAUCUGGAUCCGGUACUACUCGCACGAGGAAGCGAUCAAGAUUAUGGUCCCUUACGGAAUCAAGUUGCACGUGUCUGAUGUCAAGAAGGCGGCGUUGAAGGAGUUGCACCAAGGAUUUUCAACAUUUGGCCCUGCAGGAACCGUCAAGCUCAUCUCAAGGAGAAAUGGAGCUAUGGCGCCGGAUAGGGUGUGGAAUAACCGUGAUUGGGAAUUUGAGAGUUCGGCCCGUCAUCCUAUCCUUAUCGUCGACACCAAAUACGACCUAUUCCGGUUCUUGGAAUCGUCGCUGCACUGCUUUGCGCAACAGCGGGAGUAUGCUCAGCAGCGUCGAGACCAAUUCAUGGUCUCGUUCAAUCCAGAACACAACGACUACGCCACACUUGCGAGGAUUAUCAACAAGAUCGCUAACGACGAGAAAUACUUUGAAGAAUACGAGAUCUUUUACUUGCGCAAUGCAUUCGACGACCCUAGGAAGAAUGACCCAAGGACAGGACAGAGGUGGGAAAAGAGCAGCGGAAGCAGGGACAUCUACACGCGACCGGACGUCGGCUACAUACCCCACCAAACGGCCAGACCUCUCUGGGAUGACAUCAUGAAUGACUCUGAUAUGUUGUCGCUUUACGACCGAGAUCCAUUAAUGGUUAACAUCAAGAACUACGAAGGCCAAGGCGUCGUGCGGGACUUUGUCAAGGCCAAGGACUGGUUCUUGAGGGCCUCCGAUCGCACCCAGUUCAGUAUUGGUCAUAUGUUCUACUUUGGUCAUGGUGUCCAUCAGGAUUACACUGAGGCCCACGAGUGGUGGUUCAAGGCUGCUGAGCAAGGAUAUCCUAGGGCGCGGGUUAGGGUGGUUUGUGAAACGUAUAUCGACGGUCGAGGCGUUCCAGUUGAUUACAGCAACUCAAAGGAGGGGCUGCGUGGUGCACAAGUGGAUCAAGCCAAGGCGUUAGAGUUGUACAGAAAGGAUGCCGAGCAGAAGUAUGCGGAUGCUCAGCUCCGGAUCGGUUCGACCCUCUAUCAUGUUGGUGGACCUGGCUUUGUGGUGGACUAUGCAAAGGCGAUGGAGUGGUAUAUGAAGGCGGCGAGUCAAGGAUAUGAUUCGGCCCAGGCCAGUGUUGGUGAGUUAUACAAGUUUGGUCGAGGCAUUCCGCAGGACUACCAAAAGGCGAUGGAGUGGUUCUUGUUGUCUGCGGGUCAAGGAUAUACUUGGGCACAGAAUAGAAUCGGCGACAUGUACCGCGAUGGCCUUGGUGUUCCAAUGGAUCAAACAAAGGCCCAGGAGUGGUACGUUAAGGCAAACCCCGGCGGGAAAAUGGAGGGCAGUGGUGUUGACCAGGACCUGCAAGUUACGAUCAACUGGUACACACGGGCAGCGGAUCUGGGACAUACCAGGGGCCAGCUCAGCAUUGGCGUCAUGUACGGUCAGGGACUUGUUGUCGUCCAGGACUUUGUAAAGGCGGCUGAGAGUGGAGAUGGAUGGGCACAACUCAUCCUUACCGGCCUGGGGAUGGUUCAUAAGGCCGCUGCCUUGGGUGAUGCCUCUGCCCAGUACACCCUUGGGCUUCUCUAUGGAUUCGGACAAGGAAUCAAUCGGAUCGUUAUGACUGCCAGGAACUGGACGCUGAAGGCUGCAGUGCAGAGACAUGCAGCGGCACAGAACCCUGCUGGCUUCUUUUACAACUACAGUAUUCCCGACUACCAAUAA